AUGGCGGCGGCGCUCGGCGGCCUGCGCGGGCUCCUGGCAGCGCCCGGCCGGGGGGCGCGGGGGUGGCCGCCCCCUCCCCUGGCACGGCUCCCGCGGCGGGGCUGCCACCGGCCCCCCCCGGGCCCCCCCCCGGGCCCCCCCCCGGGCCGGCUGCCCGAGGGCGUGGAGUACAUCCCGACGCGGAAGAAGGGCAAGAACCCCAUGAAGCCGGUGGGGGUGGCAUGGGCCCUGGGGCUGCCGUGCGGCAUCGUCCUCUUCCUGCUGGUCAAGCGGGAGGUGGGCAGGAACCGCCUGGAGCAGCUCCGGAUCCGCCAGAAGAUGCUGAGGGCCAACGAGGGCGCCUACGAGACGGAGCGCUACCGCCGCGCCUAGCCGGGACCCCCCCAGCAGCCCC